AUGUUCGACACACCCUCCGUCUUCUAUAUCAUCCUGGAGAUUCUAAUUGCCGUUUUCUCCGUUUUGGGAAAUGUGCUGGUUUGUUGGGCCGUGGGUCUCAACUCCAACCUGCAGACCAUCACCAAUUUCUUUGUGGUGUCGCUGGCGGUGGCGGACAUUGCCGUAGGAGUCCUGGCCAUCCCCUUCGCCGUCGCCAUCAGCACCGGCUUCUGCUCCAACUUCUACGGCUGCCUGUUCAUCGCCUGCUUCGUGCUGGUGCUUACCCAGAGCUCCAUCUUCAGUCUUCUGGCCAUCGCCGCCGACCGCUACAUCGCCAUCACGAUCCCACUCAGGUCAGUGCGCAUUGUACCGUCUAAAACAGUGCUUCUCACAUCGGUGGAUGUGGUGUGGUCCGAGAGAGAAGCUGGUGGAAUGUUCUCCGUGGCUGUGGAGCAGGGACGGUCCGCGGGCAUGUUGCGGUUGUUGGUGGUGUGUUCCGCACACCCGGGCGCUGACUGGAGCACUGGAGGGUCGAUGUGCUCGCUCGGAUUGUAG